CAAGUCAGUGCGUGCGCGUGUGUGAGUGUGUAUUGGUUUGUACGAGGAAGAGGGAGAGAGUGUGAGCGUAUCUGCUCGCCUUGCUCUCCAAAAAGGAAAAGAAAGGAAGAAAAAAAUCGAUUGGACGUCUUUUUUCUUCCAGAAACUUUUUUUUUAGGAAUGAACGCCGAGACGUGCGUUUCAUACUGCGACAUGACAUCCAUGGAUUCAUAUUAUAGCCCAUCUGCACCGCAAGGUAGGGAUCACCAGGCGAACCCUUUCAGGACAUUCCAGGCGAGUGACACCAAAUACAGCCCCACUUUCCUGACCAACAAAGGUCAGGCGUACGGGGAAAAAACUGGGAGCCCGUUCCAGCAGGAAUGCCAGUCAUUGGAUGCCACUGCUGGGGAAGGCACCUUUAACAAAUACCACCUCUUCAUGCAGAGGUCCUCCUGCAAAACUCCCCCAGACAGCAGCAAACUCCAGCAGGACAGCGGACACAACGGAGGGCUCAUCGCCUCUUACGGUAAAGACAGCACAGGGCUGACCGAUUCUGAGUUGCCCCAAAACAGUGAUCCUGCAGGGAUGGAUGGCAGCUACCUCAGCAUAAAGGAGUCAGGAGUGAAGAGCCCCCAGCAGCCAAACUCAGAUUUGGCUUCUCCGUUGUUGGACAAGGCCGAGGGAGAGAGCAACAAGGGCAAGAAAAGACGCAACCGUACCACCUUCACAAGCUAUCAGCUAGAGGAGCUGGAGAAAGUCUUUCAGAAAACACACUAUCCCGACGUCUACGCUCGGGAACAACUCGCACUGAGGACUGACCUGACAGAAGCUCGUGUACAGGUGUGGUUCCAAAACCGAAGAGCCAAGUGGCGGAAAAGAGAGCGUUUCGGACAGAUGCAGCAGGUCCGGACACAUUUUUCCACGGCCUAUGAACUGCCUCUUCUCACUCGGCCUGAAAACUAUGCUCAGAUUCAGAACCCUUCUUGGAUAGGCAGCAGCAGUGCGGCAUCUCCUGUGCCCGGCUGCGUCGUACCCUGCGACUCGGUCACUUCCUGCAUGCCACCUCAUCCACAUGCUGCUAGCGGAGUGUCUGACUUCUUGGGUGUGCCCAGUUCUGGAGGUCACAUGGGACAGACACACAUGGGCAGCUUGUUUGGGAGUCCAGGGAUGAGCACUGGCAUUAACGGGUACGAUCUAAACAUGGACCCCGACAGGAAAUCCUCCAGCAUCGCAACACUGCGAAUGAAAGCUAAAGAACACAGCGCAGCCAUUUCUUGGGCUACAUGACUCCCCCAACUUUAGGACGUUAUCUCUGAAGUCCCUCAACAAAGAAGAGGAGGAGGAGCAAAUGUGAACAUCAGUUAGCCACCAAAGCAUGACCUGGGAUCAAGGAGUGUGUGGAUUGACAAAGACAAGAAAAAGUAUAUGCGAAACCAUGAGAUUUAUUUCAAAUUUGAAGCCUAGAGAGACUAGGGAAAAUCAGAGAUCAUAAAACUCAGAACGUUCUGGCUUUAAAACAAGAAAUACAAGAAAGACGACAGAAAGUUGACAUUUGAAUGCAUGCAAGAAUUAAAAGAAAAAGGAAAAAAAAAAACAAAUGGAAAGAAAACCCUGCACUUAUCCACCACUAGUGUCCCAUUUGUAAACGCACAUAAAUUUAUCAAAACGCACCUGGCUUCGUUUUCAAAACCUGUUAAAUUCUUGUUCUGUCACAGACUCCUUUUUCUAAAUAUGCUUGCCUAGACAGUUCCAAAGGACAAACAAUGGAGUUUCUCACAGUAAAAAAAAUCCCAUUGCAGCCUUUAUUUAAACAAUUAUACAGUAGUAAUCACCAGUUCCCAAUACAAAAUCCCUCAGUCAACAAUCACUACUGCUACAUUGAUUAAUUUGUUCAUAUUAAUUAAUUUGUCGUCGUAGAAUUCGGCUAUUUGAUAUGUACUACAGUUGCAGCAGUCUGAAAAAUUGGUUGACCACUUGAGCAAAAGCCUAUUGGGAAUGGGAAAUCGGGCAUGAUAGACUUAAUAGGUCCUGGGGGUAUACCUCUCCUGCAGGCGAAGCAGGCUCCCUCUUGUCUUAAUGAAUUGAGUGCAAAGUGCAAAGCCAAAGCAAUAGCAAUACAGUUAAAGAGCAAAAUAAACAGGUGGCGCUAUCUGUCCACACUGCAAUCUAUCUUUCUAUUAUUUGCGGUCUCAUUUCAAUUUCUCUGCAGGAAAGAGUUGUAAUAAAGCUGUUUGGCAAGAUUUGACAGCAGCAUGCUCUGAGACACAAAUCUUGAAUCCAUCAUACCAACAAGUUGACAAGUCGAAUGUCAAACUUAACUAAGAACUACAAUCUACAAAAAGGAUGCAAAAUUGAAACUUUUGCUUUGUGUUUUGAAGAUCACAAUAUUCUUGCAUCUUUCAGUGAACCUUGGCUACUCCUUCCUCAUUCUCCAUGAAAUUGCUGCCUGACAUUUGAGCCAUGCAUCAUUAUUUUUUUGGCAGAAGUCCUCAUUGCACCAUCUCAAAUAAAACGAUCAACUUGCCAAUCUAGGCAUUAUCCACUAUGGCUCUGAUUGGGUGGAAGCAUUACUGGGUUUGGUGACAGAAACAUAAAGCGAGCACCAUUUCAAGGUACUACGAGCUUUCUACUUUUCCCAAGUCAGAUUUAGAUCAGAUAAAACAAAACUGUUUGAAAUCUGGAGGUGAAUCUGAUACGUGCUGCCCUCUGGAGAAGCCAUUUCUAAUUUGUAAAUGAGAACCACAUUUCCUUUCCUUCAUUCUGCUGUGCGGCUUAUCUGGAUCCCUGGAGAUAUGUAUAUACACACACACACACACACAACUUUUUUAUUAUAAUACCAGAGCAGUGACUUACCUGGUUUGGGGGGUGGAGGGAGGGGUCACAACAUGGAGUCGUGUUCCAAAUUGAGGUCUUUUUCAGGCCGACAGAAACUAGGCUUGAUUACUUAACGUUUCUAAACAAAAUGCAUAAGGCAUUGGACACAAUAUCAUGUUAAAAUCACUUUGUAAAAGAACCUCAUAACAUAAAGUUAAUUAGAGAUCACCUCCUUAUAGCUGCUGCUCAGUCUUGUGCUCCAUGGCCUGCCCUGGAUGUAUGAUAUGCAAAGUGUUCGAGCUUCAUGAAGUUCGAGCCAUGCUUCAUUAAUUUUUUGGCAGAAGUCUUCAUUGGAUCUCAUGACUGAGCAUCUCAUCACCCAGCCUGGCAAGGGACCUGUUGAAAAAAAAAAAAUGAUAAUGUUAAUAUGCUCUUCAGUAGAACUAAAACUGGCACUUUUUACUAAAGCAGAUGUGUCCUGCAACGAUCCCAUCUACCAAAACGGCAUUUCAACCUCCAGUCCUCAUUAAAAGCCAUGAGAAGAUCUGCCAAAGCAGAAUUGUGAGUCCUGACAUUGUCCCUUUUGGCCUUUAAGGGGUUACUGAGAGGGUGAAGUGACUAUAGUGUUCCGGUGUUCUGGGAAAGGACAAUCCACACAGCUGUGUGCGGGGUAAUGCAAAACAAACAUGCCUCGCACAUGCUUCCCUUCAGCUGUCAUGGCUCUUCUUUCAAAGCCCCAUGCUGAACAGGGCCCGGCCCGCUACCCCAGCCAAAGCAUCAGCCCUCAGCGACUCCGAGUCCAUGCACAUCCAUGCUCUCAGGCCGUCUUUUUUAAUUAACACCGAGACAUCUGCGGAGAGGGAUUCUGUGACAGAACAGAGCAGCCUGGACUCUGUGUUAGCCUAUCUUUAACUAUUGUGGAGCAGGGAGGGGCGUUAAUGAAGCUCAGGUCAACACUAUCAUUAGUUUAUGUAGUAUCAGCACACACUUACACUUACCAUUAAAUUAGCUAACAUGCACAUAACAGAACACAAUUCAUUGCAUUUGCUUUUCAUACUCUUGUAUUUCAUUGAAAGGUAAAUCACAACUAAAUAUGCAAAAAGGUCAAGACAGUUCUGUAGAGAUUGUCCAAGAUUAGAACAGAUUGUUGAAGGAAAUGUUGAAUUAUACAGUACAAUUGACAGUACCUUGCAGAUGCCUACGAGUUACAGGGAUGCUUAUAUCUCUGCCCCAUCUCUCAAAACUUAUACUACUGAAGUAGGCAUAUCCAAGUACUAGAAUAAUAUAAUUCUUUGUUUUGUGUGUGGUCGCAUGUGCGGAUUUCUUUGGAUUCCUUUCUGGCAUAAAAAAACCAUUGGACCCGUUUUUAUUUUGUAAAAAUAUCCUUAAUUAGAAAUAUAUUAUUUUAUGUGUGACUAAGGGCUUUUGUUGUAUUGUGGGUCUAGGUAUAAAUCGCGAUUCAUUUGGGUGUUUGGUAUGUAAAUGAAACUAAAAUAGUUGUGAUGGCUUUAAGCUAAACGUGGCUUUUGAAUCAUUUUGAAUAAUUAUUUACUUUCAAGCUUGUUUACGGUCUAUAUAUAUUGUGUGAUUUACAACCGUAAGUUAUUGCACUUACAAUUUUUUUUAUUGUUGGAAUUGCUUUGAGAACAUCUGAUUCAAGUGGAAUAUCACUAUAAAAUGUGUGUACACUCAAUCAACUAUCAAGUACUCUGAGAAAAUGACGGUGAAGUACAGAGGGCUGAUAAAUUAAUUGUUCAUGUGCAUUUUUCAGAUUUGUUGUUGUUACAAGUUGUAUAUUUUGUUUAAACUUGUAUAAUUUGUUUAAAACCCCACCCCACCCAAAAAAUUAAGCCUUAAAAAAAAAUUUCAGAACAUGAUAUAAAUAUCAUUUUACUUUAUUGGCAUUAUUAAAUGCCAAUAAAGACAUAUUGAAGACAUGAAGUUCCUGUUGGAUAGGAACUACAAUUACUAGGCAACAUUUUAAAGUUUAACAGUACAAGUGCUGGGUAUUCUACAAUGGAUGUUUCAAUUCAUUUGACAUUUUCUGUGUGCUCAUUUUUUGUGUUUCUCUAAAUCCAGAUGAAUAAAAAAAAAAAACUAAUCAUACAAAAUGUUCCUGUGCAGUAUAUUAAUAGCUUAAAGGAUAUAAAUCUAGAAAAGCAGCAUGAAAGUGGGCACAAAUCCUGAAAGCACCUUAUUUUACUUUCAAUACAGUUUUAAUACGUUAAAUGCCUUCAUAAUGGUACAGAAAAAGUUUGACCAAUCAGACAGUGCUUGAUCACUAACCGAGGGCUCUUGGAUCGGCAUGAAUACUUUAC